AUGAAAUAUUCACUUCAGUUCAUGAUCAAACCACCUAGAAACUGCCUAACGUCAUUCACAAGGAUACCCAAACCCAAGUAUUCUAAUUUCAUAAAAUGCUACUCCAAUGAAGCUCCUGCCUCCAGUGCGACCAAUAACAUGUCGAUAGCUCUUAAACAGCAGCUUUACAUGAUUGACAGUAACUCUCCAGGGUCAGUAUUCUUUUUACCUCAUGGAACUAGACUUUUCAAUAAACUGGUCCAAUUCAUGAAAAUUCAGCAAAAGAAGCAUGGUUUUGAUGAGGUCAUCACACCUUUAAUUUACAAGAAAAAACUUUGGGAAAUUUCUGGACAUUGGGAUAACUACAAAGAGGACAUGUAUCGUGUGGAAGGAAACGAAGUAUCCCAUGGCGACGCCAAAGAUGAAGAAACCUUUGGCUUAAAACCAAUGAAUUGUCCUGGCCACUGUUUAAUUUAUAAAAGAUUUGAUAGAAGCAUCAACGAAUUACCAAUACGUUAUAGUGACUGGUCUUCGUUGCACAGGAACGAAGCUAGUGGAGCUUUAACGGGACUGACAAGAGUGAGACGUUUCCAUCAGGAUGAUGGGCACAUUUUUUGCACGCAGGAACAGAUUAGUGCUGAAAUUAUGAAAACCCUACAUUUGAUAAAACUAGUAUACGGAGUUUUUGGUCUAUCAGAUUAUACCUUGAUGUUAUCGACUCGUCCUGAUAAUUAUGUUGGAACUUUGGAAGAGUGGAAUUCUGCCGAAACCCAGCUUAAGUCAGUCUUAGAUCAAGUUGCUCCUUCAAGCUGGUCUAUUAGAGAAGGUGACGGGGCCUUUUACGGACCCAAGAUUGAUAUUCUGUCACGGGAUAAUUACUCAAGGGAACAUCAAAUCGGAACUAUACAGUUGGAUUUUCAACUACCACAUCGAUUCGAACUCAAGUAUAGACCCCAUGAAGGUGACUUCAAGCCUCCCAUAAUGAUCCACAGGGCAGUUUUCGGUUCUAUAGAGAGGUUUAUGGCUCUUUUGAUUGACCAUUAUCAAGGAAAAUGGCCCUUUUGGAUGAAUCCUCGCCAAGCAGUUAUCAUUCCUAUAAAUUCCUCCCAUGUGGGAAAAGCAAAUGAAGUACGUGAUCUCUUAUCUGGCCGUUCAAACGAUUACGAAACGUUAGACGACUUGGUGAACCACCAAUUUGAUAUCGAUAUUGACUCAAGGGCUGAAACUGUUGGGUACCGUACUAGAGAUGCUUUAAACAAAAGCUACAGCUAUAUCAUUCUCGUUGGAGACAAGGAGCUUGAAAAUAACGUGAUUUCUUUGCGGUCAAGAGAUAGCAGAAAAGUGACAACUAAAACCGUGGAGGAGGUUCGGGAACUAUUCCAGGAACUCGUACGCUCGUAUCAGUGA